GAGAACACUUCAAAAAGUUUUUGUUUAGGCUGUGGUUUAUUUUUAUUGUCGUAUGUCCAUCCAGAAUUUAAACACUCGAGACCCCUUUGCUGAUGCAAUCAAGGGCAAUGAUGAUGAUAUUCAAGACGGGCUUGUGCAUAUAAGAAUCCAGCAGAGGAACGGUCGCAAGACUCUAACCACUGUCCAGGGCCUGUCCGCGGAGUAUGACUUGAAGAAAAUAGUCCGCUCCUGUAAAAAGGAAUUUGCCUGCAAUGGAACUGUGAUCGAGCAUCCGGAGUAUGGUGAAGUUCUGCAGCUGCAGGGCGAUCAACGUGAAAACAUCUGUCAAUGGUUGACUAAGGUUGGAUUAGCCAAACCAGAUCAGCUGAAGGUGCACGGCUUUUAAGCGGAUGCCAAGGAACAACAAAUAUUUCAUUCUUAAGCUACAUUCAACUUGCAGAAGUUCUUCUUCGUUCAAAUUAUCUAAAAACAAUCUCGAUAGAACAUUAACGCAAACAGAAGCAAUAGACCAUUAAUUGAGAAAGAUGUUAUAAAUAAAUUAAAUGUUCAAUUUAAAUAAACAA